AUAUAUAUUAUUUUGUUUCCGUUUUUCUCCAUUCGGAGGCUGCAUUGCAAGCGAGGAUUUAUUUGCUGCGCGGCUGCCGCUGCACCGCCAUUCGUGCGCGCGUGUUUUUCCUCUCUUUUCCUCUGUCUCCUUCCCGCUUUUCCUCCCUCUCCUCUUUUUGUUUUCUUCUGCCUGCGUGUUAGGCGAGCCCGGGUCCCCCACCUUCCCUCGGGCAGGCGGGCAGGCCAUGGAGGAGAAGUACCUGCCGGAGCUGAUGGCGGAGAAGGACUCCCUGGAUCCGUCCUUCACCCACGCGCUGAGACUGGUUAACCAAGAAAUUGAAAAAUUCCAAAAAGGAGAAGAAGGCAAGGAAGAAGAAAAGUACAUUGAUGUAGUGAUUAACAAAAAUAUGAAAUUGGGACAGAAAGUAUUAAUUCCAGUAAAACAGUUUCCCAAGUUCAACUUUGUGGGGAAACUUUUGGGCCCACGUGGCAAUUCUCUGAAGCGCUUGCAAGAAGAGACAUUGACAAAAAUGUCAAUAUUGGGAAAAGGAUCCAUGAGGGACAAGGCAAAGGAAGAAGAGUUGAGAAAAAGCGGAGAAGCAAAAUACUUCCACCUAAACGAUGACCUGCAUGUGUUAAUUGAAGUAUUUGCCCCACCCGCAGAAGCAUAUGCCAGAAUGGGGCAUGCGCUGGAAGAAAUCAAGAAGUUCCUCAUUCCUGACUACAACGAUGAAAUCAGACAGGCACAAUUGCAGGAAUUAACUUAUUUGAAUGGUGGCUCAGAAAACGCAGACGUUCCAGUAGUUCGCGGAAAGCCUCCUUUGCGGGCACGGGGAGUGCCAGCUCCAGCAUUGGCAAGAACUCGCGGGGGUGUGCCACCCCCACCUGCAGGCAUCCCAAGAGGGGCACCCGCACCCAGAGGAAUACCCCCUGGUAGAGGUCCCAUCACUCGUGGCCGGGGUCUUCUAACACCCAGAGCAAGAGGGGUUCCACCAUCUGCAGGCUACCGACCCCUUCCUCCUCCUCCAGCACAAGAUACCUAUGGAGAAUACGACUAUGACGAUGGAUAUGGCACUUCAUACGAUGAACAGAGCUACGAUUCCUAUGAUAACAGCUAUAGUACUUCAGCACAAAGUGGUGGCGAUUACUAUGAUUACGCCCAUGGCCUGAGUGACGACACAUACGAUUCUUACAGACAGGAAGAAUGGACCAGUUCAAGACAGAAGGCACCUUCAGCAAGGACAGCAAAAGGAGGCUACAGAGAACAGCCAUAUGCCAGAUACUGAUUACACUGUCUGAUGUUGUGAAAUGCCCAAUCUCCACCAGUCCUGUAUACUGUUCAAAGUAAUUUUUUUCUAUGAACAAUCCCUUUUUAUUAAAAUCAAAGUGCUUAAUCUGAAUGGACGGACUGAGCUUAAUCUAUUUUUUGCUGAAUGAAAAGCCUGGACAGGAAGACACGUUGAAACGCGGAACUUUGUUAUUUCCAGAUUGUAUUUGGGUGGGCGGGGGUGGGGGGAGAACCGAUAGGUGAUCAAAACAAACAAAAAGAGAGAGAGAGAAAAUAUAACCUUUGAUUAACUAGUGUUAAAAACAGCUAGGUUUAUUAAAUAUGUUAAUCCAUGAUUUUAACCUAAGCGUAACCUUUUAUUUUAAAGGUUUUCGACAAUUUAGUUCUUCUAGUUUUUAUCUUUCAACCAUUUUGCUAGUCUUUCUCUUUGCAAACCUACGUAAAAAGGGAGGCAGAUCACAGAUGCAAAUAAUGUGGUAUUUUGUAACUUGAGUCUUGAAAUGUUCUGUAGUGUUAAGCAAAGAUUACUCUUGCUUGAUACUAAAUAAACUUUUGAAAGAAAAAUCAGUGUGUGUGAGAGUAUGCAUUAUUUAUUUAAAAACCUUCAUAAAUAGUAGUAACCAGGGAGGGAGUGAUUUUUAACAGCGAUCAAUAUUAAAUUGCUCCUACUAAAACACUGUACAACUAUUUGCUUUUUUAAUAAAAUGGUAUAAACCUAAAGGUGCAUUUCAUUAUAUUAUAGAUAUAUAGAUAUACAUAUAUUUAUUCACCUAUACACACAAUAUAGACUUAAAGGCUUUUAAAGGAGUUAUCCAAAUGGUAUCGAUCUACUGGAUUUCCACAUUUUUUAAAAAACAAAUUAUUGGUUUAAAAUAGUUAAUGUUUUUUCUGAAACAAAAAAAAUUAAAAAAACAAAACACCUGUGACUUAGUUUUCAUCUUGUUGAGCAUUUCUUCACUUAGUGCAACUUCGGAAUUUUUGUUUGUUUUUUGAGAAUUUUGGUACCUUAAUGACCACCUCACUCCGUGCUGGAAGCAAUAAACACAAAGCUUUUAAAGACUUUCUGACUUGACUAAUUGAGGUCGCUUUCGUCAGAGGCAGAGGAUGUGUAACCCUUAAAACGGUCUUCAUUUGCAAAGGAAACACUGAAUGCCAGGGGAAGCCAAGAAGAUUAAAAACAUGUUUCUGUUGACGCAUUGGGACUUUGCACGCUCUUACGGACAGAUUCGAAACACCCCCCUCACCGACGUGCCUCAGAAACAAUAGCCAGCAGCUCUUUGAAACUCCACUUGGACUUCCUUUUUAAUGCUACCUGCUGUACCCUAGACUUGACAAGAUGUAUAGUUUUUCAGACCUCAGUUUUAACUCUAUAAUAAUGUUUAUUCAUUUACCGCUGUAACUUUGUGAAGACAUUAAUAAAAGAUUUUUUCCGUUUCA